CGGGAGACCUGGGGCGACGCCACUCGGUCGCCUCCACCGGCAGCGAGCGGCGGCCCCAGUGCGCGGCGGCGCCAACAGCUCCCUCGCGGCGCGGAGCUUUCCUUGCAGAAGAGCUGGCAGUGAAGAGACCUCUGCUUGUAAAGUUUGGGAAAGCAGAAAAGAUGGCAUCAGAAGACAUCACUAAGCUUGCAGAGUCACUUGCCAAAACCAAAGUGGGUGGAAGACAGUUGAGCUUUAAAGGCCAGAGCCUUAAACUCAAUACAGCAGAAGAUGCUGAAGAAGUGAUCAAACAAAUAGAGGAAUUUGAUGGCCUGGAAGCAUUACGUCUAGAAGGCAACACAGUAGGUGUAGAGGCAGCAAAGGUCAUUGCCAAAGCCUUGGAAAAGAAGUCGGAGCUCAAGAGGUGUCAUUGGAGUGAUAUGUUCACAGGGAGGCUAAGGUCUGAGAUCCCUCCUGCUUUGAUCUCUUUGGGAGAUGCACUCAUCACUGCUGGAGCCCAGCUGGUGGAGCUGGACCUGAGUGACAAUGCCUUUGGGCCAGAUGGUGUGCGUGGCUUUGAGGCGCUGCUGAAGAGCCCAGCAUGUUACACCUUGCAAGAACUCAAGCUUAAUAACUGUGGCAUGGGCAUUGGAGGUGGUAAGAUACUGGCAGCUGCCCUGAAAGAGUGUCACAGGAAAUCAAGUGCCCAGGGCAAGCCUCUUGCUUUGAAAAUAUUUGUGGCUGGCAGAAACCGUCUGGAGAAUGAUGGUGCCACUGCCUUGGCUGAAGCCUUUGGGAUCAUUGGGACUCUAGAAGAGGUCCAUAUGCCACAGAAUGGAAUCAAUCAUCCUGGUAUCACAGCGCUGGCCCAGGCCUUUGCUAUCAACCCACUGCUUAAGGUUAUAAACUUGAAUGACAACACGUUCACAGAGAAAGGAGCUGUGGCCAUGGCAGAGACUCUGAAGGCUCUUCGACAGAUUGAAGUGAUCAACUUUGGAGACUGCCUGGUGCGUUCAAAGGGUGCUGUUGCUAUUGCUGAAGCUGUCAAAGAAGGGCUUCAUAAAUUAAAGGAACUGAAUUUGUCCUUCUGUGAGAUCAAAAGAGAUGCUGCUUUGACUGUUGCUGAGGCUAUUGAAGAUAAGUCGGAGUUGGAGAAGUUGGAUCUCAAUGGUAACUGUCUUGGAGAAGAAGGAUGUGAACAACUCCAGGAGAUCCUCGAAGGCUUCAAUAUGGCAGCUAUCCUGGGAUCUUUGAGUGACGAUGAAGGGGAAGAGGAAGAGGAGGAGGAAGAAGAAGAGGAGGAGGAAGAGGAGGAGGAAGAAGAAGACGAGGAGGAGGAGGAAGAACAACAACAACAACAGUCGAAGGAGAGAGGACAGGGAGAAAAGGAGUCAAUGACUCCUAAGAAGAUACUUGAUUCACAGGAUUCAACUCCAGUGCCAUCUCCUCCUGUGGAUGUUGCCACAUUCCUUGCUUUCCCAUCACCAGAGAAGCUGCUGCGGCUAGGACCAAAGUGUUCUGUGCUGAUAGCUCAGCAGACAGAUGCAUCUGAUGUAGAGAAAGUAGUUACAGCUCUCCUAAGGAUAUCUUCAGUCUUCAAAGAUGAAGCCCCAGUGAAAACAGCAGUGCAUGAAACAACAGAUGCCUUGAUGAAAAAAGCCUUCAGUUCUGCCACAUUUAAUUCUGAUGCAUUUAUCACAAGCCUCUUGAUCCACAUGGGAUUGCUUAAGAGUGAAGAGAAGAUCAAAGCUGUCCCAAGCCUUUAUGGUAUUCUUAUGACCUUGAACCAUAUGGUCCAACAGGAUUACUUCCCUAAAUCCUUGGCCCCAGUUCUCUCAGCUUUUGUGACAAAACCAAACCGUGCUCUGGACUCCUGUUCUUUUGCCCGCCAUAUGCUCUUACAAACCCUCCAUCAGCUGUAAACAGAUGUGCUCCUGUGCCUUUCCAUCCUCAUCGGACUGUCAUGAACUUGGAGCUGCGUGGUGGGAGCGGAUUCUAGAGCCUGUGCAGACAUGCUGUCUUUUUUUCUUCUCUUUUUUUUCCCCCCCCUCCCUUGUCGGAGGUCUGCCCUUCAUUUUGCUUUCAUAAACUUGGACAAAUCCUGCUGAUUUUUUUUCUUUUUUUAAUCCUCUUUUCGUGAAAUGAUUCCCUUGUCUGCAGGACAGUUGCUUGUGCUAGAAUAAGUCUGUGCUGUUCUGAGCUCUGCAUGAAUUGAAAAGAAGAGUCCUUCUCCACUUCUGUAGCAUUGGCAAGGUUGUGCCAAGACUAACAAUGGGUCCAGGAGUGCUGUCCUCAGGAUCAACCAAGUUAUCCACUUUAUUUUAUUUUACUGGACUAUGGCUCCUGCCUGAUGCUCUUCAGCAUUGUGCAGGAGGGAGGCUACGAUGCUGCUGCUGCUCCUGCUUCUCCAGGCCACAGGAGUGCUUGAUCCCCUGCUGCUGCUGCUGAGUCAGAAGGGCAAGGUGUACUCCCCUUCAUUUCUUGUUUUCAAGUCCAUUUGUUUAAGGCAGUGUGGCCUAUUUCUAUUUUAGUGUACUACUCCUCUGCUGCUGUGGCUUUGGAUAUUCGUGUUAUGUGGCUGACUCUGGUGGCCGUUGCUUAAGGGAGCAAGCAUAUUUUUAUUUUUAUUUUUUUUUUGCUGGUGCCUGUGUUGUUUCCCUCUUCCCUUCCUUUCCCUUUCCCUUACCCCUCUCUUCCUAAUUAAAAUAGGCUUGGUUUGGAAGUGAAUACAAUCCAUGCAAUCCCUGUGGAAUGUGUUCCCCUUCUCCUCCAUUCUGUUCUCCCUCUCAUAAAACAGUGUGACUGCGUGCGCUGUUCACAUAUUUGAAAGCCAAGCACAUGUAAGAACUAGGGCUGUGCUGAUUGUCCUCAGGUAGGAGCUGCACCUUUUCUUGCACUGAAGGAGUGCAAGAGGAGAUGCCUCUAAAUCUCUACACAGAGUGCUGUUUGUGUGCCUGCAUGUGCAUUGAUGGCACCUACCUGCACAACUUAUGAACAUGCAUGGUGAUUCAUAGGCUAUGUCCUGUUGCCACUUUUCAUGUACAUUUUCAAGCCUCUAAGAAUCCAUGUAUCUGUUUCUCUUUAGGUAACAAAGAGUUUGUCUUUCAGUUAAUACUAGUCUUCCCCUCUAUUUUUGGUUAGAGGAGGCUGUUCAUCUUCUCUUACCAGACCUUACAACUGAUGUGCAGCAUAGAUAGGGCUAGCACCAGAAGUCAGCAGCCUCUAUGGGGGGGAAUGAGCUGUCCCUUCAGUGUGAGAGGCAGCAUGUGCCGCAGCUGGCAAGGGUAUGUGUGCUGACCCUACAUGCAGGAAACACUGGCAUUUACUCAAAAGUUUGCAGGCAGCAUUGACAGAAGAAAGGAUUUGGGUCACUAUAUUAAAUAAACUAUAUGGUAUGUGCAAGACCUA